UUAUUAUUCAAGUGGUCAUUCGAGGAAAGAGCUUCAACAUGGAAGGUACUCACUACAAAUGUCUGAUCUUUCUUUUCUUCUUCUACUCUUUGAAUACAGGUGGUUUUUCUCAAGAAACAUUUACUAGAAAACCUUAUGCAGAUAUUGAAGAUGAAGAGCCACUAGACCAAGAAGACGACUAUGAUGCUGGUGCAAGUGAUGCUGGUUCAGGCGGCGGCGGCGGAGGAACAGAAAGUGAACCUAACGGUGCUCCAGAAGCAUUGCAUAUAUUGAAAAACAAUGCCACGACUUACACCGCUACUUGGAAUGAAGUACCUGAACACUUGAGAAAUGGUUUGGUAAUAAAUUACGAAGUGAGAUGGAUCAUGAUACGAAAAGGAAAUCUAUCUACUCCAGGACAUCCGCCGUUUACUAGGUGUAAAGUAAAUGGUUUCUCUUAUACGAUGCAUGGGUUAUCAUUGUGUGCACAGUACAGUAUAUCUGUUAGGGCGUACACACGCGUUGGACCUGGACCAUACAGUGCACCAGUCAACAUAACAACACAACGACCUGGUGCACCAUUACAUUUUAUAGCGUCGUUAAAGAAGAAUGGCACUGUGCUACUUACGUGGGAGAAGCCCGCUAAUACCAAAGAUUCCCUUCAGUCAGUUUAUACGGUUGAAUGCGAAAGCUCAAAGUUUUAUUGGAAGUCAAACAAGCAAAGAACAACAAGCCUCACUAUCUCAAAUCUUAUACCAAAAACAAACUGCACAUUCAAGGUGUUUGCCACUACAGAAUGUGGUGACAGCCCUAAGAGCAUUGCUAGAGUUACCACAGCAAUAGACCGUAAGUAUAACACUGAGUUAAACUCCAUGUAUCUUGAUAUUUUAGUGGAGAGCCGUUACCGUAACUUUCCGAUAAGAAAGGUCUUUGGGUCAAUUUAAAUCGUAGUGGGGUUCACGGGGCAUAAAUAUCAUAGUAAUUAUCAUUUUCUUUCUGUUCAUGAACUCAACUAUUUCAUGAAAGUCACCCGAACGUGAAGAUAUUACAAAUCACGAUCGGGAGGCCGAUCGAAAGGGGCCGUUAAAAUUAACGUAAGGUGACUCCUUACAGAUGGGCUACCUCUUUUGUUUUUGUUUUUCUCUUUGGAGAGAAAACAAACGACUUACCCAUAGCACCAGGCCCGAUCACCAUCAUAAACCACACGACUAGUACGUAAAUUGCCAAAAAGUGUAGUUAGCUUAAGUACUCGAUCCGUGUCAACUGUCGGCUAAAAAUGCAGGUCGUGAAAGCAGCUUAGUCAUAAUAUAGUGUAUCAGUGUAUCAGUAUUUUAAAAACGUAUUAAAUUGGAGGGCGAGAGCCUCAAAGAUCCUUAAAUAUAGCAGUCUCAGAACCGAAAAACGUCAAUUAUCUGGAACACAAAAGCAGCAGACUAAGCCRUCGAACCAGACAAUCGUAUCAAGGCCCAAGUAAGUGUAAAGUUCGAUUUUAUGAUACGCACGGCUAUUAAUGAUUAAUGAUUAUGCAUUGCUUUCAGUGCUGGUGUUGGACGAACUCGCACAUACAUGAUCAUUGAUGCAAUGCUGGAACAGGUCGAAAGCAAAAAGACAAUAGAUAUUUACAAUACUCCCAUUUCGAGCUCGCCUUUGCUCAGUCUUAGCUACGAUUGUGUACAAAUGUGUUGUUUUCUUUUAUUAAGGCCCAUUGUAUAGUAAGGAAUGUACGUAAUACGAAACAAUACGAGUCGAUUUAAAUGCCACUGUUUUUGGUUCAUUAGCUAAAUAUUGUAACACACAACGUCAACCGAGGCUAAGCAAAGAGAACUCGAAACUGGAGUAUUACUUGACGGUUCAAUGCUCAGGAAAGACAGGCCCUAUAUGGUUCAAAACUCGGGAAGAUAAACACACAACRAAGGAAAUGUUACAAUGCUUCUUUAAUAGCACGCAAAAGAUCAUCGUCAUGACGAAAGAGGUUUGGUGGACGUUGAUCAAAAUGUUUAUUGAGGCCUCCGAAAUCAWUUUACUCGCGAUGGCAAAUUGUUCAAUUCAGCGCAUUUCGCAGAUGAUACUGAUGAUUUGAUUAAACAUAUUUACACAGUGAAUAAUUACUGUUUCCUCAGCGGCUGGAAUUUAUUGCCUCAUAUGAAUUAAAAGGAAAAUGUGGAUUUGGAAAGGAAGAGGAAAACACAAAGAAAAGCAGAUAU